AUGACUGUGAUCGUUCCUGAACCAGUUCUUAACAAUGAUGGCAAUGGCAAUGACAAUAGCAACGAUAACAACAGCAACAGCAAUACCACCAGCAACGACAACGUUGUGAAGGAACAAGAAAAUCAUGACCUGAAGUUUGAUGGAGACUUUGUCGUCCCAGAAAGCAACGCCUUCGGACAUUCCUUCAGGGAUUACGAUAAAGAGAGCCAAAGAAAAGCCAUCGUCGAGGAAUUCUACAAGAAAAAUCAUAUGUACCAGACAUAUGAAUUCGCUGAGAAAAAGAAAGAGUACUAUGGAAAACUGGACAAGUCUGUGAUGAGCAUAUGGGAAUGCUGUGAACUCCUGAACGAGUUCGUGGAUGAGAGCGAUCCGGACCUGGAUGAGCCUCAGAUUGAACAUCUCCUCCAGACAGCAGAAGCCAUCAGAAGAGACUACCCACAUCAAGAUUGGCUGCAUCUCACUGCACUCAUCCAUGAUUUAGGGAAGGUUAUGCUGCAUCGUGCAUUUGGUGAGCAACCCCAGUGGUGUGUUGUGGGUGACACAUUUCCACUGGGAUGUGCUUUUAAUGAAUGCAUUGUUCAUCACCAGUUUUUUAAGGACAACCCAGACUCUACCAACCUCAAUUUCAACACCAAGUUGGGUAUUUAUACUGAGAACUGUGGACUUGAUAAAGUCACUAUGUCCUGGGGCCAUGAUGAGUACAUGUACUUGGUGGCUAAGGGUAAUAACACCACCCUCCCACCAGCUGGUCUCUUCAUCAUCAGGUUCCAUUCCUUCUACGCAUUGCACCGAGUUGGCGCUUAUACGUAUUUGAUGAAUGAUGAGGACAAGGAGAUGCUGAAGUGGCUUCAUGUGUUCAACAAAUACGAUCUUUACAGCAAAAGUAAAGUUCGGAUUAACCAGGAAGAAGUGAAGCCUUAUUAUCUGUCCCUCAUCGAAAAGUACUUCCCAGCCAAGCUAAGGUGGUGA